AUGUUUUGGAGCGCAUGUUAUGGCAAUCAAGUUUCAUCAGCUAAUCGGACGUCAAUAAACAGAAACGCCCGCUUCCGGGGUGCUGCCGCUAAACCACCUGGACAGAACAAGUCCCCCACGUCUUCUACCGCUGGGCAGCCUUCGUCACCCACUGUGCCACACUUACCCCAAGGCCAGGCUGCUGUUAAGGCGCCCAGUGUUCCACCGCUGCCUAAUUCUCCUUCUCUUGCCCAGACUAUUGGCAUGGACGAACAAGGCGGUAUGGCUAACAGCGACGAUAUCCUCAACUCGUACCACCUGCCCCGACCUAUGCCCAUCUGGUUGAACUCCAACUAUGGCAAGCAUAUCGUCAAGGGUAACUUCAUGACCUUGAGUGCGAGACCCAAGACGGUCGAGCAGGGCGAGUGGAUCGCUCACCAGGUCGUCGAGCACUACAGAAACCUCUGGAAUUUUGUUCGUGUGCUUCACGAGAAGGAGGAGGAUGGCACGACCAUCUGCAACGCAACAACUUGCCCCAGAAUGUCCGCCGGAGCAAACCACUCAUUCACCUGGCUGAACAGUCGUCGGGAGCCUGUCGAGCUUCCUGCCUUCGAGUACAUGACUCUUAUGCAGAGAUGGAUCUCGGGCAAGAUUGACGACACCAAUAUCUUCCCUACUGACCCUUCGGGCGUCUCUUAUGCCCACAACCCGGCCAUUACCACUACACCACUCUCGCAACUUACGAACCCCGGCGAACCUGAGUGGAUUGGCAAGCGAUCUGGUUUCCCACAGAACUUCAUCGACGUAUGCCAGACCAUCUUCCGCCAGAUGUUCCGCGUCUAUUCUCAUCUUUACUGGGCGCAUUUCGUCGAGCCUUUCUACCACCUGAACUUGGAAAAAUCCUUGAACAGUUGCUUCAGCCAUUUCAUUUUGACCGCGACGGCAUUGGACAUGCUCAAGCCCCACGAGCUCGAACCCAUGCAGCCUCUGAUCGACCUCUGGGCCGCCAACGGCACCUUCCCCCCCGAGUCCAAGGCGUAUGAGUAUGCCAACCUCAGGGCCGGUGAGCGCCUUAUGCAGCUCGCCGGUGUCUCCUAA